CGUUGCAACGCCGUUCAGCCCCACCACCACCCGUCUCAGGAGGGUCGCCAGCUGGUCCCCUGACAAGACCUGGAGACAAGGUCUCCAAUCACAGCUUUUUCCAGAAAAAUUUAUUGUGUUGGUGGAAUACACGUAUUAUGUUUGUGUGAAUACGUUCCAACAUCUCAAACAGCUCAGAUUUUCCUUAAUGUGUCAGCGUUCGUAAUAAAGAAAUAAUAAUAAUUUGCGAACAGAUUCCCUUCAGCACCAACGUUGACGGUAGCGGUGGAGUUCAUGCCUCACCACACCCUCACGUGGGUGGAAGACCAGCUCGCCACGGAGGGACGCCGUCUUCACUACACUGGCGCCAUGGCAAAAAUUGUGGAAUAUAUUUCUUUAGGAGUUAACUUUACGUACAGGUAUGUGCUGUCCCCCGACAGGACGUUCGGCACAAAAAUUCCUGACGGGUCCUGGACCGGCAUGAUGGGCAUGGUGGUGCGGGAAGAGGUACAUUUCGCUGCAGGACCCUUCAUGUUAUCACCAGAGCGAGCAGCAGCCGGCGAUUAUACCGUGGCGGUCUGGAAUGGAGACGUGAGGAUAGUAAGCGGACUGGGAGGUCUGCAGAUAGACCCUUGGGGCUUUAUGUUGCCCUUCACGCCCCUCGUGUGGGAAGGUGCCCUAACUGCACUGCUAGGGGUGACAGCCGUGCUACAAGUGCUCUCCUCUUGCUUACCUGGCAAGGCGCUAUGCUUCAGCCCUGUCCGCGUUCUCCUGCAGCAAGACGUGGUGUGGCCCGUGGAGUGGUGGUGGUGGGAGCGUCUGGUGCUGGCGCUGUGGAUGCUGACGACACUUGUGCUGACGAAGAGCUACGCCGGCAACCUCAUGUCCCUGCUGGCCGUGAGAUACGUGCCGCAGCCCUUUCAGACACCAAGGGACGUUCUCAACGAUCCUCACGUCGCCAUGAUAUGGCAGAAGUAUUCCAAGAAUGAACAUUUUCUGAGAACUGCAGAGUCCGGUGUCUUCCGCGAGGUAGCAGAGCUGGAGGAGAAGGGUCGCCUCAAGUUCCUGAUCCAGGAGCAGUUCCAGGAAAGCCUCGACACCUUGGUGAGGGCCGGACACCACGUUCUCAUCGACAUUGAAAAUGCAAUCAAAAGCUUGGUAGCUUUAGACUUUUCCCAAAAAGUUAAGUGUUCAAAAUUUACCGAUUAAGGUCAA